GGUGAUUGGGACGUUCCUGUCAGCACUCGUCAUGUUUGUGUCGGCGAAAAUGGUGACGCUGACGAACGUUGUGCCGCAAGACUAUGCUGUCGAAUUGAAUGGGUUCCUGUUCAACGUGGCGGCUCUCGGAGCGAUUUCUUGCGCCGCCGUCGUCGUGGUUUUUUCGCUGACGAGGAAAUGGCAGAAAAUGCCGCACUUCGUCACCCUGUGCUUGGCCUUGUCGCAGAUGAUGGCUUGUGUUGGAGUACUGACUUGGGCUUUAGUGGACUCGGAUCAUCAGUGGAAGCUGUAUCUUCAAUUCUUCAUCUUUUCUUGGGGAGUUUUUGCUUCCAGAAUAUGGACAGCUUUGUUGGCUGUCACUCUGGUCUUCAUGCGGAUCAGAAGCUUGAGAGAUAGUCUGAAAUUGCGUCGCUAUUUGCCCAUAAUCGGAUGGGGACUUCCUGCGAUCAUAGUCGGCAUUUUGUUGGGGAUUGUGGCGGGGAAGUCGGAUAUGAACCUUGGAACCCAACCAGACCCGACUUUCCAUUACAGCCCAGUCCAAGCAAUUGCUUCUCUCGUUGUGCUCUCAACUUGUUUCCUCGUCACACUGUUGUGUCUCAUCUUGCAACAGCGACUCAAAAGGCUGUCAGCUGAGCAAAAGAUCAGUUGGAACGUCUACGAAGAGUUGUACUACGAAGGAAGCGUCAGCAUGUCCGAGAUGGGCGACGAUUAUGCGGGAAGCCUG